AUGUUCCGACACAGCGCGCGGAGGCUGGCCGUGGCGGCGGCCAAGGCAGCGGAGCCGAGCGCGCACACGCUGGCCGUGUCCAAGGCGCAGGGCAUUGCCAAGGGAUUGACCGGAGCCAUCGGAAACACUCCCCUUAUCCGCCUCAACCGGCUCUCCGACGAGACGGGCUGCGAGGUGCUGGGCAAGGCCGAGUUCAUGAACCCCGGCGGAUCGGUCAAGGACCGGGCGGCGCUGUACGUGGUCAAGGACGCCGAGGAGCGCGGGCUGCUGCGGCCGGGGGGCACCGUGGUGGAGGGCACAGCGGGCAACACGGGGAUCGGGCUGGCACACGUGUGCCGGUCGCGCGGCUACAAGCUCGUCAUCUACAUGCCCAACACGCAGUCGCAAGGCAAGAUCGACCUGCUGCGCCUGCUGGGCGCCGAGGUGUACCCCGUGCCCGCCGUGGCCUUCGAUAACCCCGAAAACUACAAUCACCAGGCGCGCCGCCACGCCGAGCGCCUCGACAACGCCGUGUGGACGAAUCAGUUCGACAACACGGCCAACCGCCGCGCGCACAUCGAGACGACGGGGCCCGAGAUCUGGGCGCAGACGGAGGGGCGUGUCGACGCCUUUACGUGCGCGACGGGCACGGCGGGCACCCUCGCCGGCGUCACGCGCUACCUCAAGGACGCGUCGGGCGGUCGGGUCAAGAGCUUCCUCGCCGACCCGCCGGGCAGCGUGCUGCACUCGUACAUCAGCUCCGGCGGCAAGCUGAUCGAGCGCACGGGCUCAAGCAUUACGGAAGGCAUCGGCCAGGGCCGCAUCACGGACAACUUGCAGCCGGACAUUGGCCUCGUCGACGGCUCGCUGCACAUCUCGGACGAGAAGAGCAUCGAGAUGGUGUACCGCUGCCUCGACGAGGAGGGGCUCUAUCUUGGCGCCAGCUCGUCCCUCAACGUGGUCGCCGCGAAGGAGGUGGCCGAGAAGCUCGGCAAGGGUCACACCGUCGUCACGAUGCUGUGCGACGGCGCCUACCGCUACGCCGACCGUCUCUUCUCGCGCAAGUGGCUCGUCGAGAAGAAGCUGAUCGGCGCCAUUCCCAAGCACCUCGAAAAGUACAUAGUUUUGCCAUAG